GAUAACUUUAUAAAACGAGUCUCUAACGAGAUAUCUACAGUAUCUGUAUCAGAAGCAGAGAUGAAGGAAAUUGGCUUAAUUUUCAUUACAUUUUCCUUAGUUACGGCUCACGUAACUAGUGAUUGGUCUAAAGUUACACCUACUCAUAAAAUAGCUCCAACAGGACCUCAUAAGCUUGCAUCCUCUGAAGAAGUAAAGAUCGUGGGAGGAAAUGAAGCUUCGAAAAACUCUUUACCAUAUCAAGUCUUUUUGAGGCUUAUUUACGAUACAUACACGAGUUUCUGCGGAGCAUCCCUUAUAUCUAGAAGAUACGUGUUAACUGCUGCACAUUGCUUGGUAGAUGACCUUGUAUCAUUGGAAGUAAUUCUGGGAGCGCAUAACAUUCAACAAAGAGAAUCUACCCAACAACGCAUUCCAACCUCCACGUUCAAAGUACAUGAACAGUAUAAUAAUCAACCAGCGCAGAAUGAUUUAGGCGUCGUCUAUCUUCCAACACCAGCCAAUCUCAAUCAGUACGUUCAACUGAUAGCACUUCCAAGUAGAGCUGACGUUUCAAAAAGUUUCGUAGGAUCUCAAGCAGUAGCAAGUGGUUGGGGAUACACUUCUCAAUCUAAUCCCGGUAUCAGUGACGUAUUACGAUAUAUAAAUGUUUCCAUUAUUGCAAAUAACGUGUGCAGAGAUGCGCUCGGUUCGCAAGUUACAAACAAAAUCAUUUGUUCUGGAGGAGCAGGCCGUAAAGGAGCUUGCUCUGGAGAUUCAGGCGGACCUCUUGUCGUCAGUGGAAAAUUGGUUGGUGUAACUGCAUUUGUAAGUGGUAGUGGUUGUGAAGCUGGGGAACCAACCGCCUUUCAAAGGGUAACAUCAUUUUUAGACUGGAUUUCAGCAAACACUGACGUUGUUAUUUCAUAAACAAUUCUUUAACAAUUUAUUUGUAUACUGAGUCAAAUAUAACAAAUAAACGAUAAUUGCUAUUGGAUAAA